AUGUCUUGCUCUCCAAGUCCUGAGAAUCCUGCCUUUGACAGUCAACAGGACUUUGGCAAUGCACAUCUCUUGGAAGGUGCUGAUGAAGCAUUCAUGCCGGAACAGGGUGUACAGUUGGGGCCUCUAUUCCGGACAUUCCACCUGCAUCUCACAGGACGCAAGUGUGAUGUCCACAGCAACUUCAUCGACCAGAAUGCCCUCCCACCACCUCGAACUGAAGCAUUACCCACCGACUGGACCCCAUAUGAAAAUUGGGUCGCAUUUGAGACAGUGGAAUUCCUCUAUACACGUAACCAAAUGUCUGGAGGGCAGAUUGACACCCUUCUUGACCUCUGGGCAGCCACACUUAUCAAACACGACGACAGUCCUCUUGGAACCAGACCAGCUGAGAAUGUUCUGCCAUGGACGACUGCUGAGUAUGAUGUGUGGUUCUGCAAUCCAUGUCUACUGGUUCACAAUAUGCUUUCAAACCCUGACUUUGCUGCCGAGAUUGAAUAUGUCCCGUAUCGGGACUAUACAGAUGAUAAUAAACAUUGUUACAAGAAUUUUCUCUCUGGUGAUUGGGCUUGGAAGCAAGUGGAUAUUAUCACACAGGAUCCGGAAACUCAUGGAUUGAUGUUUGUGCCCCUGAUCAUUGGCAGUGACAAGACUACGGUCUCAGUUGCCACAGGACACACUGAAUACCAUCCGCUCUAUCUAUUGAUUGGGAACAUUUUCAAUGGAGUUCAGCGCGCACAUUGCAAUGGUGUGGUAUUGGUGGGCUUUUUGGCCAUUCCAAAAAGCACAAAGGAACAUUUAGAUGAUAAAGACUUUCGCAAUUUCUGCCAUCAGAUGUUUCACUCCUCACUUGCCAAGAUUUUUGAGCCUGUGAAGUUGAAUAUGAUGGUUCCCAAUGUUGCACGCUGUCCCAAUAGCCAUUAUCAGCGUGUUAUCUACGGGUUAGGCCCAUACAUCACUGAUUAUCCUGAGCAGGUGGCUCUUUCUGGAGUAGUCCAAAACUGGUGUCCAAAAUGCUUGAAUAACUGCAAAAAUCUCAAUGGUGACGGUGAACCUUUACUCCAGUGCAGACAUCACACCGACCUCAUGGUUCAGGAGCUCCCACACGCCCACCUCUGGCACAAGUAUGGAAUCAUCCAAGAGGUCAUGCCUUUCAUGAAUGAUUUCCCUCAAGCAGAUAUCCACAAACUUCUCUCUCCAGACAUCCUGCAUCAAAUCAUCAAAGGCACAUUCAAAGAUCACCUUGUUGACUGGGUAGAACAAUACUUGUUGCUCACACACCAGGCUUCAGAUGCAGCAGAAAUCAUGGACAACAUUGAUCAAAGGAUAGCGGUUGUAGCUCCUUUCGCAGGUCUGCAGCGCUUUCCAGAAGGGUGUGGAUUCAAGCAGUGGACCGGUGAUGAUUCCAAGGCUCUGAUGAAGGUAUAUCUGCCCACCAUCAGCAGUCAUGUUCCUCAGGAUGUAGUUUGCGCAUUCAGCGCAUUCCUUGACUUCUGCUACAUAGAUGAUCUCACCCAGCUUCAAGAUGCGCUCAGUCGCUUUCACCAGUACUGCGAAAUAUUCAAGACCACAGGAGUUGUACUCAACUUCUCAUAUCCAUGCCAACACUCCCUCAGUCACUACUCCCUCAUGAUCCAGCUCUUUGGUGCCCCAAAUGGCCUUUGUUCAUCAAUCACAGAGUCCAAACAUAUCAAGGCAGUUAAAGAGCCCUGGCACCACUCCAGCAGAUACAAAGCAUUAAGCCAGAUGCUUCUCACCAACCAAUGCCUUGACAAAAUAGCUGCAGCCUGGAGUGAUUUUGAAGCUCGUGGCAUGCUUCGAGGGUCAUGCCUGUCCAAUGCAUUGUGGGCACUUAGAGAGAGUGAUUGCUGGACAACAGCACAGAUGAAGAUGAAGACGACAAUGAUGCACUUCAAGCACGUCACACAAACUGUUUGCUCAAAAUUCCUAGUGCCGGGUCAUUCACCCGAUGUCCCUGUGCUUAUGCUCAAUCUCAACCUUCCAACCCUCCCUACAUUAAUCCAACAAUUUCUUCAUGACCAGCUUCAUAUCGACAACAAUGAGCCACCUGAAUUUGACCCUGCAAUGGCACCUACUUACAUGGGCAGGGUUUCUGUCUUUAGUUCGGUGGCAGCAUCAUUCUAUGCCCCCAGUGACCUCAGUGGCACUGGAGGCAUGCGAUGCGAGCAUAUUCAGGCAAUGCCAUCAUGGCAAGGGGGUCCUGCUAGGAAUGACUGUGUCUUUGUCAGUAUGAAUGACAAAGUCAGUUAUCCUGACACUGGGAUGUACCUUGUUGCACCAUUGACCAACGAUGAUGGGACACUGGAUCUCUCAAUUAUUCAUAUUAAUUGUAUAUUCCAUGCAGCUCAUCUUAUUCCCCUCUAUGGUUCCAAUGUCUUACCUCGUGCAAUCACUCUUCACGACAGCUGCAACGUAUUUCGCGCCUUCUAUGUCAACAAGUAUGCAGAUCAUCAUGCAUUUGAGGUAGUGUGA